CCGCUGAGGUGUGGCACCUGGAAGGUAUAUUUGUCACCUCAGCCCUCCUAGGGGCUGGUGACUUCCCAGCCCUUCAGUGUGCACGUCAACAGCCAACAGCCAACAGCCUCCUGCCUCAGCUCCCUGAGCUGUGCCCGCGCUUUAUCACGGCUCUCGCUGGUGCUCGCGCAUGGGUCUAAGUCAAGAACUCUAAUAACUAUAAUAUCAACAGCUACCAUCGGCUGAAGUCCUCGUCACCGUGAGCUGUGUUUCUUGAUUCAAAUCUGAUCACUGUUGAGCACACCUGAGACUUCCUGGGCGUCUGUCCAACUUGCCAUGUCCCUGCUGUGCAACCUCGAGUGACUCACUAGACCUUUCUGUGUCUCUGUUUCUUCACUGGCAAAAUGGGCGGAACGACAGGGUGGACUCUUUCUAAGGUGGAUGAGGAGACAUGAUGGCUUACCCCGUUUCCGGGCUGGAAACAAUGAGAGCAAGGCAGGCAUCAUAACUGGAGUGUGAACUGAGUUAACCUGGAUCCUAGGAACCGCGACCCAGUCAACCAAACCUUAGGGUUAGAGAAGACACAGGACAGAGACGCGCUCAGCGGCAGGAUGGAAUCUGAGGGGUCGCAGAACUCUGAGGAGCUGCCACCGCCUGCACAGUCCCCACCACCACCGCCGUCCCCAAGGUCUCCCUUGUCCCCGGAGACUCCUGAGCUCCCAGAGCCCAAGGCGCCCACCGAGGUCGAAGCCAGGCAGCUGCUGCUGGAAGAAUGGGGACCCCUGAGCGGGAAGCUCGAGCUGCCCCCGAGCCUCAGCUGGAGGCUGCUGUUCCUGGAGCGGCCUCUCUACCGCAACCUGCUCAGCUCACCCAACCCCGAAGGCAUUAAUAUCUACCAGCCGGCGCCCCCUACGGGUCCCACGCGGAAGCCCCUGACGGACCUGGGUAAUUUCCGCGGAUGGUAUAUUACUACUGAGAACCUGCAGGGGCCCCUCAGCUGGACCGUGAAGGAGCAAUGUGUGAACCUGCUGGCCAAGAAGCUUUGGGAAGAACUGCUGGAUGACGAACAGCCUGACAUCACCAUCAUGGACUGGUUCGAGGACAGCCGUCUGGACCAGUGUGUUUACGAGCUGCACGUCUGGUUGCUAGCAGCUGACCGCCGCACUGUCAUUGCCCAGCACCACGUGGCCCCUCGGACCAAUGGGAGAGGUCCCCCUGGCCGUUGGGUUCAGGUGUCCCACGUCUUCCGCCAGUACGGUCCUGGAGUGCGCUAUGUCCACUUCCAGCACAAGGCCAAGAACCGCAUGGAGGCUGGCGGGCUGCGGAGGACAAGGGUGACCGACUCCUCAGUGUCUGUGCAGCUCCGGGAGUGACUACUGACCGGCUCGUCAAGUCUAUCAUGACCCUUGGAAGUCCCUGGUGUUUGUCACCUCUGAGCUCUUAGCAUUUCCAUGAUGCUACUGCUUCCUGCCCCUCCCUAUGUGUGUGCAUAGCCAAAAUCUGACCCCCUUGGUCACCUCCCUGACCUCUGUUCACCCUGACUCCUCCUUACCUCCCUGGUUCCUCUUCACCCCAACCCUGUUCACCUCUGACCCCUCCUUACCCCCCUGAUUCCUGCUUACCCUGACCCCUCCUUACUUCCCUAAACCCUGUUCACCCCUCACUCUUCUUCAACCCCUGACCUCCCCCUUCAUCCCCGCCCCCUCCUAACCCAACCCCUCCCCUCACAUCUCUGACCUUUCUUUAUCUCCUAACCUCCCUGACCUCUUCUCAUCCUUUGUACCCUUGCUUCCCUCCAAGACGCUCAACCCUUGUCUCCUUCACCCUGUGGCCCUACCUUGCUCCCUCCCCUCCCCGGGCUCCCCCCCUAACAAUUUCUCUAGCAAGGUCUCUCAGAUCUUGCUUGACCCCAGGAUCUUUGAUGUCUCCACAUCCCCUGAAUGUCCCGCUGAGCUGGGGUUGCUCCUUGCAAACCCACUGCCGUUCUCCUGGCAGGCUUUCAAUAAACCUCCCCUGAGUGGCUCUAAGAACACACGUGCUCAGAGAGCCUGGGUACCUGCCUGUCUUCACUCCUUAGAGCCUCCCCCGGUCCACGGCUCACCCGCUCAAC